AUGGCUAACCACAGUAUCAUAUCUGAAUUCCAGCUUCUAGGGUUCGAGAUCUUUCCAAAGUGGGAGAUCAUCCUUUUCAUUAUAUUCUUACUUAUCUACAUACUAACUGUCAUGGGGAAUGUGAUUAUCAUUUCAGUGGUCAGGUUGGAGCCAGGUCUUCAUUCUCCUAUGUAUGCUUUUCUCCAAAACCUCUCUUUCCUAGAGAUCUGGUAUACCAGCACAAUUGUGCCUAAGAUGCUUCGCAGUCUCCUCUGGGAGACCAGUACCAUCUCUUAUAAUGGGUGCAUGACCCAGCUCUACUUCUUUGUCUUCUUGGGGGCAACGGAAUGCUUCCUGUUAUCUGUGAUGGCGUACGACAGAUUCCUGGCCAUCUGUGACCCAUUGCAUUACACAGUAACUAUGAACAUUCAGUCCUGCACCCGCCUGGCAACUGGAUCUUGGGUGAUCGGUCUCAUCACAGGAUUGUUGCCAUCUUUCCUGAUCUCCAGACUAACUUUCUGCAGAUCCAACCAAAUCAAUCAUUUCUUUUGUGAUAUCCCACCUUUGCUGGAACUCUCUUGUUCUGAUACUUCAGUCACUGAGAUUAUUAUAUUUGUGCUCUCACUGUUGGUCCUUUUUACAUGUUUCUUGCUUACAUUGGUGUCUUAUGCCUUCAUCAUCAUGACUAUUCUAAAAAUCCCCUCUGCUUCUGGAAGAAAAAAGGCCUAUUCUACCUGUGGCUCCCACUUGGCUGUGGUGAUCAUUUAUUUUGGCACUAUGAUCUCUAUGUAUGUUCACCCCAAUGUUAACGUUUCCUCAGAGCUGAAUAAGGUGAUUUCUGUCUUCUACACUGUAAUAACACCACUUCUGAACCCUGUGAUUUACAGUUUGAAGAACAAAGACUUCAGGGGAGCCUUGCAGAAACUAAUCAACAAGAGGCAUGUCCAACCUAGCUUGUAA